AAAAACCAAUCUAAUCCAUCAGUGCUUUACCAUCUCCGAGAUAUUUAUUGCUUCAUCUCUCGCUGGUUUGUCUCGCACUCUCGCUCUCCGUACGGUACAAACAAACCAGAAACCACCACAACUGAACAAGAAGAGAGUAUUUUCUCCUCUGUUCCUUCUCUUUUGCCCUUCUGGUUGGGAAACAAGUAACGACGCCGGCGGCGGAGAGACGAUGGUUCAUCUGCCGCACCAGGGGAAGCUGCGGCGGGAUGUCAAGGAGGAGGCGCUGGACGACGGCGACGCGGCGGCACAGGCAGAGGCGUCGCCGUUCCACAAGAGGUCCCGCCUUGCUCUACAGCACUGGAGCACAGACGGUGGUAGUGUGUCCAAUCAACAGUCAUCCCAACAUGGUUUCCUUGAUGAGCCUAGCCCAUUGGGCUUGCGGCUGAAGAAGAGCCCCUCUCUGGUGGAUUUGAUCCAAAUGAAGCUUGUGCAGGCUGGUAAGGCCAAAGAUGUCCAGCAUAGUGGAACCGCUAGUGCCUCAGAGAAAUUGAAGGCUUCCAAUUUCCCUGGUUCUGUUCUAAGAAUUGGAUCUUGGGAGUGGGUGUCAAGGUAUGAAGGCGAUCUGGUUGCAAAAUGCUAUUUUGCUAAGCAUAAACUUGUGUGGGAAGUACUGGAUGGUGGUCUGAAGAGCAAGAUUGAGAUACAGUGGUCUGACAUCUGUGCCAUGAAGGUGGUUUCUCCAGAAAAUGAACCUGGGAUCUUGGAGAUCGCAUUGUCCCGGCAGCCACUUUUCUUUCGAGAAACUAAUCCACAGCCAAGGAAACACACUUUAUGGCAGGCAACAUCUGAUUUCACUGGUGGACAAGCAAGCAUUCACAGGAGGCAUUUUCUUCAGUGCCCGCCAGGAAUGAUGAAUAAGCAUGUUGAGAAGCUUGUUCAUUGUGACCCACGUCUAUAUUCACUAAGCCAGCAGAACGACAUCAAUUUGGAUAAUCCGUACUUUGAAUCAAAGUCUUCUAUAUUUGAAGAUGCAGAGGGCAUAAAAGGCCAAGAUUUUGAGCAUAAAGAUGAUGGCGAUCAGUUAGCUCCCCAAAGAUUUACAGAACUGUUACCGCCUCAUUCUGCAUCAGGUAGGAUAGAUACUGAAGCCAGACAGCUCUCAGGAACACCGGACAAGUUACUUCAACAUUUCCCUUGUUCAGUUAGUGGUACUCAAGUGAUUAAACAAGAUGCUGCUUCUGGUGAUUGUGAACGGCAAGAAAGCAUCUAUAAUUGGAACGGUAUCAAGGUACCGGGGAUAAGGCGCUCCAUGUCCAAAAGUGAGAUUGCAAAUCACAUUGGGAAUCAUAUCUACAGACAGAUGUAUUCAGGGAACCUACCUGCAGUUCAUCGUGGGGAUUCCACGUCAAGUAAAGUAACAUUAGAUGGAAUAACCCGAUUCCUCUUGGGCAGCACCCAGAUCAUCGGCGAUGGCGAUGGCGAUGGCUCAAUGGGUAAACUGACAUUUGAUGAGCUUACCAGACAACUCCUCAAUGAUUCCCAGAUAACCAACGCAGCUGAUGAAAGGAUGCUCAUGUCAAGGGUCAACUCCCUCUGCAGCCUGAUUCAGAGAGAUUCAGGUUCAGGCCAGACAAACCCCAGCAGCAGCAUUCAUGGUGACAAUGAGAUGCAAGAAAGGAAGCCCCAACCUUAUGCGCUUCCGGUGUCAGCAGACAGUGGAAGCAACACCUCAUUGCCGCCGAGGCAAGAAUCGUUUGGGGAUCUCCUGACGCACCUGCCUCGCAUCUCAUCAUUUCCUCACUUCUUGUGAGUGAUCUGACGGAGCAACUCUGGAGUUGGAGUGUUAUUCUAUUGGGGUACAUAUUGGCUUGAGAACUCUUGCUUGUAGAAAUUUUUGCCGGGAAAUGUCUUGACCCCUUUUCUUCUUACUUUUUUUUGUACAUAAAUAGAUAGGAUAACUGUAGAUUGUAUAGUAAGCUUCUUUAGUUCGAUAGGGCAAAUGCAUCCGGUACAUAUUCUCGUCGAUAUAGUCCUUUCUAAUUUAUACAUUUCUUACUCUUAGAAAAA